AAGCCCUUCAGGUGCUUGGAAUGUGGGAAGAGCUUCAGUAGCAUCUCCCACCUGACUUGACACCAGCACAUCCACACUGGGGCACGUCCCUACAUGUGUGGAGAAUGUGGGAAGAGCUUCAGCCAGAGAUAUCACCUCUCCACCCACCAGCAGACCCACAGUGGGGAGCGACCCUACACAUGUAGGGAAUGUGGGAAGAGCUUCAGCCAGAGCUAUCACCUCCACAUCCACCAGCGCAUCCACACUGGGGAAUGUCCCUACACAUGUAGGGAAUGUGAGAAGAGCUUCAGUGACAGCUCCACACUCCGCAAACACCAGCGCAUUCACACUGGGGAACGGCCCUACAAGUGCUUGGAAUGUGGGAAGAGGUUUCAGACCAGCUCACAUCUCCUCAGGCAUGAGCGGACGCACACGGAUGAGAGGCCCUUCCGCUGCACCGACUGCGGGAAGAGCUUCAACCUGAACUCCCAUCUUGUCACCCACCGGCGCAUCCACACCGGGGAGAGGCCCUACAAGUGUGGGGAGUGUGGGAAGAGCUUCACCCAGAGCGGUGCCUUGACCAGACACCAACAGACCCACCAGUAAGAGAAGCCCUACCAGUGCCCCGACUGCGGGAAG